AUGGCGGAGGAGGACAAAGGUACCUCUUCAUGGUACAAAGUGCCUACGUGGUCUGGCGACCCAUCGGAAUGGAGAAGCUUCAAACGUGAAAUGGAAUGGUGGUUAGCUUCCUUAGACCCUGAGAGUUGCAAGAAAUACAACGUUGCAGCCCGUUGGGCACUGAGGCAGAGCGGAGUUGUUCGAGCUCGCUGUGAAGAGUUCGACCCUGCAGAUUUGAAAGGAACUACAGAAGUGCGACGUGCCGAUCCUGACACAGGAGCUGAGGUUGUUGCCGAAGAAGCCGAUCCCUUUUCUGGCAUCCGAAAGCUUCUGUCAGCACUGGAAGCUAGCAUGGGUCGCACUGAGAUGGAUCGCAAAGCUGAGUUGCGAAAGCAGUUCUACCAGACGAUCCGUCGCUCUGCAGGUGAAAGAAUCUCCACUUUCUGCACCAGAUACCGAACGCUGAUCGGUGAAAUGCGCAGGGAAGGCAUAACACUUCCUGCGGGUGAACUUGGUUGGUUUCUCAAGGACCGUUUGGGUUUGGACGCACUUCGAAUUCAACUCCUUGACACAGCGCUUCAAGGAAAAGAGGAUUACGAAGAAGUGGAACGAGAAGUUUUGAGGUUGUUUAGAGAUUUGCAUGUUUCUGACCCCCUCUACAAGUCCAAGCCGGUUGGUGGGAAUGACAACAAAUCCUACCCACUUCAACGUUUCCUUCAAAGUAGCAAUCAACAUGGCCCGCGAAGUGGCGCUCCUUCCAGCGCUGGAUCUUCAGUCAAGUCCUUUAAGACUUCCAGCUCCUACCGUUUUGGAAGGCCCAGUUCCUCUGCCAGCAGCGGCCGUCAGGCCUAUGUGGUUGAAGAUGCAACGGAGGUUGAGCCUGAGGGCGAUGAGGAGCUGAUUCCUGAUGACGGGGAUGGAAAUGCAAAUGGUCCAAACCUGGAAGAAGUUCUGCAAUGCGAGGCUGAGGUUUUGGCUGCAGAGAUACAAGAGUUGGAAGAAAGCGGUGAAUUUGACACCGCAGUCUUAGAAGAACUUGAAGCUGGAGUUGAACAAGCAGCUGAAUCCCUUGUCACUAUGCGGGAAGCUCGGUCCCGCAUCAACGAGAUCAAGCGGGAUCGCGGUUUUGGUCGCGCUCCUGCUGGGUCCAAACCAAAGCUGAAUGGGAAUCAGGUUGAAAAGAAGAAAACCAAGACGCAAUGCUGGGAUUGCGGUGAAUUUGGGCACUGGGGAGGAGACCCACAAUGCCCCAAGCCUGGGGCGGGACUUCACAAACCCAAGCAUGCUGGCAAACGCCCCGCUGUUCAGAAGCAUGUGAAGGUUGUUGAAAGCCUGAAUACAGAGCAUGUGCUGGAUGAGCCGCCCGUCUCCAACGAGAUCAACAUGGUUCACCACGAUAGCAUGCGAUUUGAGGAAGCCUUGGAAUCCUCAAAGCAGGAAGACAAGCCCGAGAAUGAGCUCUUCAGAUUUGGCAACGGGGGCACUCAGAGAAGCAGCGUGAGAUAUAGAUUGCCAGUGAUGGUUGGAAACAACUUGUUAGCAGUUUGGGUUAGCGUGGUGAAAGUUCCUAGCCUUGGUUUGCUGUUGGGACGUGACUUCUUGGACGGAAUUGGAGCCGUGAUUUCGUUUACCAAGCAGAAGCUGCGCCCUGACUUUUUGGAUGGCAAGCUCAUCAGUUUGUCCCAGGUCGCAGCUGGGCAUUUUGCUUUGAGCCUGGUGCCUUCGACUUGGCCGAGGCUCGGUGGUUUGAGAUGGCGUCGUUGGGGGCCUGAUGGAAUUUUAGAGCAACAGAUCACCUCACAAGCAUGGUUGUCACGCAAGUUGAACAUGUCAAAGCAGUUUGAAAAGCAUGGUGGCAGUCAUGAACAUUUGGUGACUGAGCAGGGUUUCAAUGCAGCACACCUGGCAGUGCUGACCUUUCCCAUGCCUGGCCCUUCGGUUCAAGCUAUGUCUCUCAAGACGCAGCCAUCACGAUCGACGACAUCUCCUACGAGUUCCGAAGUUGGUGUGCCGACUUCGACAUCGCCUGUGACGAGCCCUACUACCAGUCAUGGACCAAGCGCCAAAGGCCAAGGCAAGCUCCGAAAGCCGAUGGUGCCGAAUGGCACUCCGGCUGGCCAUUCGCGCUCAAUGGCACGCAUCUGGGACAUGGUGCUGGACAAGUCCUUGAUGAAGAAGCAUGGAGAAAAGGCCCUGACCAUGGGCUUGUGUACGGCCAAGAAUCUCCAAGAAUGCAGCGGUUUCCGCAACCGAGUUGGCUGGAAGUUGGCAUUCUUGGAAAGCCCCCUGUUGGAUGGCAUGCUCGCAGCCCGCUACAUGAAGGGCCAAGCUGCAAAGCUUCGCAAGGAGAUGUUGCGAGAAGCCAAGGAAGAGGCCGCCAAGUUGGAAGCAGCUGGAACGAAAGAGCAAGCCAUGCGACAGCUGAUCGGGCCGAAGGGCGGUCUGCCCACCCUCAAAGGAGACUUGCUCAAGCUGGGCGCUCUCCUCAACUUGGACUUGAACGACCAGAUGAAGGUCGAGCAGAUCAAAGAGGCCAUCAAGCCAAUGUUGGCAACUUUGAAAGGCGUCGCAACCUCCAGCAGCUCAUCAGACGCUGUGGACGCAAAAGCGAAAGUAGCUGCGAAGAGAGGAGCCAAACCAAAGACGCAAAGUGCGCCACCUCCACGUCCUCUUGCGGAUCAUCCUGCAGAACCUUCUCUCGCCUCCGCAAACACGACAGCAGAAAUCCAAGCAAUGUUGGCACAGCAAGAGCUGCGAUUCCAGUCCAUGAUGAAUCAGAUGAUGCAACACAUGGUGUCCUUGCAGCAAGUGCCAGCAGCUGCAGUCCCGAGGGAUUUCACAGACGAAGAGAUGCGCGAGAUCAACGCCGCUUAUGCGGACCAGCUGGAGGAGGAGCAACUUUGGGCAGUGCACGGAGAGGAGAUGGAAUGGAUGACACCGGCAGAGAGAGCCGCUCGGGCCGAUGGACUUCGAAUGCCCGAUGAACCCAGCACCUCGGAGUGGCGACUUGAAGCUGACCGCAUCAAAACCGGUCAAGCACAGCAGAUUGCCCAAGCCUGGCAAAAGCACAAACGUGACCAGGAGCUGAUUUCCAAGGGUGAUGUUCAUGCGGUGAUGCAAGCUGAAUGGAUGGGUGAGAUGGAAUCAUGCCUCAAUGAAUGUUUUGUCUCCUCACUUGUCCUGGCCCCUGGACUUCGGCCACCCCCUGAGCCUGACGGCGUCUUUGUCUCUGAGGUUUUCACGACAGUUCAGAGAACUAUCAAAGAAGCAGCCAACAAGGGCCAUUCAGUUGGCUCCGCCAUGUCACUUGAGACUGGUUGGAAUUUUCUGAAAGCAGCUGACCGCCAAGCUGCGAAGGAAGUGGUCAUGAAGGAAAAGCCUUAUUUGCUGGCUUUAGCAUUUCCCUGUGGACCUUGGUCUGCUUUGAUGAGAUUGAAUCCGUCCAAAGACCUUGCCCUACGGCGUGCUGAAGGACGUGUUCUCAUCAAGUUUGCAAUCGAGUUAGCCGAGCUGCAGCUUCAACAUGGCAGGCAUUUUCUUUUGGAAAACCCAUUGACAGCGGAGUCAUGGAGCCUGGCAGAGCUGAAGCGUUUUCUUCGGCGACUUGAAUGCCACCAAGCAGUUUUCGAUCAGUGCCGUUUCAAACUGCGUGGGCCAUCUGGACUUUUGCACAAGAAGCCCACGAAGGUUGUCACCAGCUCAGAGAAGAUAGCUGAUCGCUUGGAUGGCAAACGAUGCCACAAAGACCAUGAGCAUGAACAUGUGAUGGGAGGAUCACGUGUCACCGCUGCUGCUGGACUUUACACCAAAGAGCUGGCACGUGAGAUCAUCAAGGGCUUGGAGGAAGAGUUUGAAAAGACCUAUGGAUGUGGCUUCAUCCAUGAGACCUUGGCAGUUGAUGGAGCUGAAACUGAUGGCGACCUUGAAGACGCCUUGGAUCGCGAAGUCGAUCCCCCAGUGGAAUUCAGAGACAUCGAUGAAAGUGACGAUGAAGCUCAAGUUCUACCAGCAAACAUGAAAGUUUCAGCGGCGGUGAAAGAAGCCGUGAAGAAGCUUCACUGCAACACUGGCCAUCGCUCCAAUAGGCGCUUGGCUCGUUCACUCGCCAUUGCGGGUGCGCCACCUGAGGCGAUAGCAGCAGCUAAAUCGCUUCAAUGCUCCAUAUGCCAAGAGAGACGUCCUCCACGUGCCCGACGUCCUGCCACCUUGCCUACUCCAAAAGAUGCUGGAGACCAAGUUCACAUAGAUCUCUUUGAGUUGCAUGAUUUGGCUGAGAACCGUUUUUAUGUUGCUCAUGCGAUCGACAGUGUCAGCAAAUUUCAAAUGGCUGAAGUGCUCAAGGACAAAUCUGCUGACGCUGUGGUGAACUUCAUGGUUCGCCGAUGGAUGCCAAUCUUCGGCCCUCCGAGAGUUUUGGUGGCGGAUCAGGGACGUGAAUUCAUUUCUUGGAAGUUUGAAGAAAUGGCUGCACAGCACUCAAUUUUGCUGUGGCACACGGCAGUGCAAGCCCCCUGGCAGAAUGGUGUCUGUGAGAAAGGUGGUGGAAUUUUGAAAGCCAUCGCAACAGCAGUCAUCAAAAGCCAAUCCUUGCUUGGAGCUGACGAUGUCGACCUAGCCGUUCAAGAAGCAGUCAUGGCCUACAACAGCGACAUCAAUGAAGCUGGUGUCACACCGGCGCAGGCUGCAUUGGGCCGUCAGCCCCGGAUGAUUGGUGAUGUUUUGGGUGAUUUUGGACAGCGUUUGUCCGAGCAUGGUUUGGUCGAAUGCCGACCCUCAUUUGCCAGACAAGUUGCCAUGCGUGAAGUUGCAAAGCUUGCCAUGCUGAGGUUGCAUUUUUCAAGAGGUUUGAGAAGAGCUGAAAUGGCCAGGUCACGCACCCCAACUGUGACCGAUGCCCAAGCCUUGCAACCUGGUAUGAUAGUUUACUACUACCGCAUGAGCAAAUACAACAGCAAGACAGGUCCUUCGAAGCGCAAGCUCAGCCUGAAGCGUUGGCAUGGCCCUGGACUUUUAGUGGCCAUGGAAGGACACAGCAACUGUUUCAUUUCCCACAAGGGUCAACUUGUCAAAGCUGCAAUUGAGCAUGUUCGCAAAGCCUCCACUAUGGAGCAAAUCACCAUGGAAGAGUGGGAGUCUGCGAUACAAGAUGUUGUGGAAGCUGCAAUGAAUGACCGAGACGGUGGAGUUCAAGGCCCUCUAGUGGUUGAGCCUCCUGUUGAAGGUGGAGAAGCUUAUGGUGAUCAAGGUGUUGCCAGUCAACCUGCCGAAGCAUCCGCACCUGCUUCUGUUGCUCUCCAACCUCAAGAACUUGUUGCUGCCGUUGCACCGGCCUUGUCUCAACCUGUUGCCAGUGCUCCUCCAUCGAGACGUAGCAGUUUGUUGAGCAGCAUUCCUGGACUUCCAGCACAACCUUCCGUUGGACUUUCCAGGCCUCAAGUUGCACGCAGUGGUUCCAGAACGCCGAGAACGCCGAGAUCUCAGUUGCCCCGCAGCAGACCUGAAGCUGCUGCAAGCCAAGCCCCUAUUGAAGCUGAAGUUGUGGAUGAGAGUCGCAAGCGCGCCUCUGAUGUUCCAGUUGAACGUCUUCAAGAUGCUGAAGGCAACCCGCCUCCUGAAGCACCUGGAGAAUCCCAUGAAACCUUGAAGGUUUCCACAGUUUCAGAAAGACUGAAUGACUAUGAGCACCCGCUCAAGCAGAUCGUGCGCUUGGCCGAGCAAGACAAGAAGCAUCCGUUAGAUCAUGCGCCUGAUGAUCAUGGUUCUUGGGAUGGUCGUUGGCCGCUGCCAAGCAGAUCUGAAUGGAUGGCUCAUGAGCACUAUGGUAUUCCCUGGCCUUCUGGAAGUGCUGAAGUGAAUGCGGUGCAGACCGCGAGAAAAGAAUACAAGUGGCCUGAGAUGAAUGAAAGCUACAAGGAAAGUUUUCGCCUUGCAGCUGCUGAUGGCUGGCGAGUUUGGGUUGACAAUUCAGCUGUCGAAGUUCUUUCGCCAAAAGAAGCCCGAGAAAUUCGCCAGCGACUGAAGCUCCGUGGCGAAGGCCACAAGAUCCUGACACCGAGGUUCGUUUUCACAGACAAACACGACGGACUUCGCACCUCAACCAACAACCUUGGAUUGAAAGCCUCUGCAAGAUUAGUGGUUCCCGGAUACCGUGACCUGACAGCUCAUGUUUUGCGAAAAGACGCCCCGACGUGUUCAAGGGUGAGCUUCCACUUGCUGUUAGUUUUCACAAGUUCCCGGAGAUGGAUUUUGCUGAGCGCUGACGUGAAGUCAGCCUUCUUGAAAGGAGAAGAGUUUGCCCCAGGUGAGAGAGAACUUUACCUGGGCCAGAUCAAAGUCAGAUCAAAGUCAAAGAUGGCGAUGAACCGCUUCUACCUCUUGGUGAAGGCCAACUUGCAAGACUGA